AUGGGCAGGUACGUGGUCUCAUGCCAGGUGUUCGGCAAGAUGCAGAAGUCUAAGAAGAAGGCGGACCUCGACAAGGCCGCCCACAUCAAGAUGCUCGCUCGCAUUUACCCGGGACUCCGCAUUGCCCACGUGGACGAGAAGUACGGAGAGUUUUACUCCGUCCUCUCCAAGAAUGCGGGCAACGGUACCGACGACAUGGAGGAGGAGUACCGCGUACGGCUCCCCGGGCAAAUCUUGGUGGGGGAGGGUAAGCCGAACAACCAGAACCACGCAGUGAUCUUCACUAGGGGGGAGGCUAUCCAGGCCAUCGACAUGAACCAAGAUGCUGCUCUCGAGGACGCCAUCAAGAUCCGACAGGUGAUGGAGGAGUUCAACUUUGCGGAGGGGGGUACGGGGAGGGGGCGCAACAUCGGGCGAAUCGUUGGCUUCCGCGAGCACGUGUUCACGCACGACGUGUCCGCCGUGGCUAACUUCUUCAGCCUGCAGGAGCUCAACUUCGUGUCGGCGACGCAGCGUGCGCUCGACAACCCACUUCACGUCCGGUUCCACUACGGCCACCCCGACAUCUUCGACCGCAUGAGUGCGAUCACGAUGGGAGGUGUCAGCAAGGCCUGCAAGGGCAUCCACCUGUCGGAAGACAUUUUCGCCGGUUUCAACUACGUCCUGAGAGGGGGUGAAGCCACUCAGGCCGACUACAUCCAGGUAAUGUCGACUUGA